UUUUUCGUCCAUGAAUUAAAUAUUUUGAAAUUUUUUUAAUUAGAAUUAAUUCGUUUUUAAGUCCUACACCUAAGAAAACAUCAACUCGAGCACGUACUUGAUACCAACCACAGAUCCAGACCAAAAUGAGCGAUAGGUACAAACGAGGAUACGCAAGCAGCGGCGGAAGAAGUCGUCGAAGUCGCUCCAGGUCACGUAGUUACUCGCCAGACAGGUACCGCAAACGAUCUCCCGAUGACUAUUCGCGCAGCAGAAGAUCUCCCGACAGCUACAGUCGCAAACGAAGUCCCGAUACUUACCGAAAACGAGAUUCACCAACGAGAUAUAAAGAUCGACGCAGCAAGGAUUCGUCAGAUGAAGACUUGCCGAAAGCUCCGCCAGCACCCACGAUUACAGCGAAACCCGUUGCCAUAUCAAUGUCGAAGUUUAAGGCACCUCCAAAAACUGGCAUUCAGUUGAAGCUGGGCGGCACAUCGAAGAAAGAGACACCAAAACCAGUGAAAGUUGCGAGCGUUUUUAACAACGACAGCGACGAAGAACCCGAAGAGAUGCCAGCUGAGUGUAAAAUGCGGAUGAAAAACAUUGGACGUGAUACGCCGACAUCAUCGGGCCCCAAUAGCUUCGGGAAAACCAAACAAGGCUUUUGCGAUUCGAAGAAAAUGUUUGAAAAAAAGCUUAAAGAAAUGGCAGCAGAUUAAAUAAAGGCAAAUCUAAAUGUGUGAAAAAACAAUCAAUCAAUAAAUAAACUAAAAAAAAUAUAGUUUGACG